UCAUCAUCACCAACGCAGAAGAAGAGCACACCAAUGUCCAGUUAUGUGUGCCCUAUCUGUCUCUCCCCGCCUCGUAUGUCAACAUUGACGCUGUGUGGCCACAUUCUUUGCGCAUCCUGUUUAUGGGAUUCCGUACGCAGCGCUAGGGUGCGCGAGUUGGAUGGACCUGCCCCGGGUACAAACAACGCUCGAUGUCCUGUGUGUCGUGAGGAUUUGAAGGGAUGGGAUUGGAAGGGCGGGGGAGUUAUUGGGCUGGAGAUGAAGGCU